AUGCAAUUGAUCAUUGCUACUCUACUCAUUGGCUUUGCGUUAUGUGGUGACAAAUGGGGUUAUGAUGAGGAUGAUGGGCCGGCGAAUUGGGAGGGAUUAUGUCAGGCUGGUCAAAUGCAGAGUCCGAUCGAUUUCCGAGCGGUCGAUGUUGAGUACAGUCCGUUGCACAAAUUGAUCUUCAUGAAUUACCACCACAAACAUCUCAUGGAGUUAUCCAACAAUGGGCAUACUAUUGCCGCCUCUUCGGUGAAACCCGAUUGGGAAUCAAGGCAACCGUACAUUACCGGUGGUGGUCUCAAGCACAAGUAUAAGCUGAUGCAAUUCCAUCUUCACUGGGCUGAUGUUGAUUACCGUGGCAGUGAGCACACGAUUGGAGGGUUAAGCUAUCCAGCUGAGCUUCACCUCGUUCACUAUCGCGAGGACCUCAGCUUCAGCGAGGCUGUCAACAAAAAGAACGGACUUGCGGUUGUCGGCGUUUUCCUCACAAUCGGCGAAGAGUCAAGACCACUAGAGCACAUUGUCAGCUCUCUUAAACAAGUGAUCGCACCAGGCAAUAAGAGCCAGAUUCAUGGUUUUCACCUUCAUCGUCUUCUGCCCAUAAAUCACGAUUCUUUCUAUCGAUACGACGGCUCGUUGACCACCCCAGGUUGCUUUGAGAGCGUCAUUUGGACUGUUCUCACCGAGCCGAUCUCAAUCACGAAAAGACAGAUGGAAGAGUUGCGUGCGAUUCACUCUCAAAACAAUAUCCCCUACGAGUACAACCAUCGACCGGUUCAACCGCUGAAUGGACGAAAGGUUCUCUACCGUCCAUCUCAUUUCGACAAAUCCAUAUUGUGCAGCUCAACCGGUGCCAUCUUCUCUAUUCACAGCAAAGUAGGCAAUUUCCAUGUUAGUCUUUGCAUGCCUGUUUUAAUUCGCUCAGCUGAUCUCAUUCGCAUU